AUGUCAUCUUCCCCGGAACCCUUCAGCGCGUCAUCGCCGACCGGAUCUCUGACUAGGCGUUCUUCGCAAUACACAUAUCGUCAGCUACAGCUGCUCCGUCAGGCUUCGACUUCUACCCCACUUCGAGUGGUUGCGCAUAUUGACCUCGAUGCAUUCUACGCGCAAUGUGAGAUGGUGAGGCUUGAGACGCCGCGCACCACGCCUCUAGCCGUUCAACAGUGGGACUCGCUCAUCGCGAUAAAUUACCCAGCACGGGAAUUUGGUAUAACUCGGAUGAUCAGCGCGAUCGAAGCCAAGAAACUUUGCCCGGGUAUAGUUCUGCAGCAUGUUGCUACAUUUAGGGAGGGUGAAGGUGGGAAGUGGGCGUACAGGGAUGACGCCUCUAAACGAUACAGUACAGAUAAGGUGUCGCUGGAUCCGUAUCGGAGGGAGUCACGGAAGAUCUUGAAAGUGAUCAGAGAAGAACUGUCAGGAUGGCGAGAGGAUCUCGUCGGGGGUAGUGGUGAGACACCAGAGUUGCAGAUACCAGAUGCUCCUCUUGAAAAAGCCAGUAUCGACGAGGUCUUUAUUGAUUUGUCUCCAUUGGUUUUUGGUUCCCUAUUAAGAAAAUAUCCGGAAUUACGCCAGGGUGCUGGUGGUGAUGGCAAUGCAGCCAUGUUACCUCCGCCUCCGACGACUGCGCUGGAAUGGGAUGCCGAAGAGAACCUGGUGGACCUGGACAAGAACGAGUCCGAGAUGGACAAUCCAGACUGGGAUGAUGUUGCAAUGCUUAUAGGCUCUGAUAUCGUCAGAUCUUUGCGUACAGCGGUUUGGGGAAAGCUGAGUUACACGUGCUCUGCAGGUAUCGCGAGAAACAAGAUGAUGGCAAAACUGGGUAGCGCCUGCAAUAAGCCGAACAAGCAGACUGUUGUUCGAAAUCGUGCAGUGCAAAAGUUUCUAGGCGGUUUCAAGUUCACAAAGAUAAGGAUGCUUGGAGGCAAGUUGGGUGAUCAAGUUGCCUCCAUCUUCGGAACUGACCAGGUCAGUGAGCUUCUGAAGGUUUCGCUGGAGCGAUUCAGGGCAAACUUUGAUGACGAAACGGCUGUCUGGCUGUACGGGAUUAUCCGGGGAGAUGAUAAAAGUGAAGUCAAUCUCAGAACCCAGAUCAAGUCCAUGCUGUCGGCCAAGUCGUUUCGACCAAGCAUCAGCUCUAUUAACCAAGCAGACAAAUGGCUGCGAAUCUUUGCGGCAGAUAUCUACGGUCGUCUUGUUGAAGACGGCAUGCUUGAAAAUAGACGCCGUCCGAGAAUAAUCGCGUUACAUCACAGGCAGGGUUCUCAGCUUCGAUCUCGCCAGGCGUCUAUUCCCGCUUCGAAGCCAAUUGAUGAGCUGAUGCUGUUUGAACAUGCGAAGGUCUUACUUCGGCAGGUUGUCGGUGAUGCAGGCGUUUGGCCUUGUUCGAAUCUAUCGCUGAGCGUUGGCGGGUUCGAAGAGGGCGUGGCUAACAAUAAAGCAAUAGACGGGUUUCUUGUUCGGGGAGAACAGGCAAGAUCUCUAAGCAAGCAGAUGAAAGGAAUGGAUACCCCAGCAGAACGGUCAUCAGUCCCGAUGAAGAGAAAACUAGAGGAUAGAGGCAUACAUCGUUUCUUUACCAAAGACACUGGUACUUUGGGGAAGGCUUCAUUGGGAGAAACACGGCAUGCAGUAGAACAGUCAUGCAAUUCAGACCCUGUACCUCCGACAGAACGGCCAAAUGACAGAGACAUCUACUACGCCUCUCUGGAAGGCGUUGCAUCAGACGAUAUCAACGUCGGGCUUUUCCUCUGCGAUCGAUGCGGCGAUUCAUUUCUUGAAUUGCAAAGGGUUGAGCAUGACGACUGGCAUUUUGCAAUGGACCUGGAGAAGCAACAAAGGGAAGCAACAGAAUCAUCUCCACAGAUUCCACGCUGGCCCGAUGGUCCAGGGAAAUCUCAUGGUCGGAGCGGCAAUUCAGGUAAAACCAGUCGCAACGGCCGCGGCAGAUCUGAGAAAGGACAAAUGCGGCUUAACUUUGGAUAA